AUGUAUAUACUUUUAAAAAUGGAGAAAUUUUAAAUAACCCUACAGAAAUUAUUAAUCUAAAAGACAUUAUAAGAACAGCUUCUAUCUGCGAUAAGUCUGAGCAAAAUCAAAAUUAAUUUUAUAUCUAAACUGAUUCAUGCACAUUCAAAUUUUAAUGUCAUUGCUUAGAGCUAAAAGAUUAUUUAAUAGAUUUUAUAAACAAGAACACUUUUUCUUUACCCCCUAAAAAUAGCUGAGAAAGUAUUCUAAUUAAAUAAGAAAAACUUUCAGAAAAUUUGCAGAAAUCCAUUUUCAAUUAAUAUGUAGUUAUAUAAAAUAUUUUAAAUUAAUUAUAAAAAGCAAAUACCAAAAUAAAAAUUAAUUAAUUAAUUAACUUGUAUGUCUGUCUAUUCAAUUAUUAUUUAUAUUUAAGAAUUAAAUUGA